GCCUGUUGGUGGCCACUUUAGCUUACAUUAGAUGCUGUUUGACACAUGAAAAAUGGCGUCUUGUUCUCGUGGUUUCCUUGGUGAAGUUGAAUAGUUUUCUUUGGUUAUUAGUCAUCUGGAUUCUUCUGUGAGCUGAUGGCUUCUUUUUCUUCUUUCUUUGGGGUUGUGUGUAAUUGCUGCUUGUUUGUUAAAUUGAUUCGCAGAGGCUCUGUUUCCUGUUGUGCUCAGGUUAUUUCCUUAGUAUUUUAUUUGGACUUAGACCUGAUCUACGUGUCAGGUAUGUUUCCUUAGUAUUAUAUUUAGAACUAUCUAUGUGUUUUCAUAUGGGUACAUUUUAAAGAAUCAGGUAAACAUAGAAGGAAUUGUGGUAUUUUGAGGUUGGAGGUGUAGCUUAGAAGAAGGGUGUAUACUUAGCAUUCUUAAGGCCCUUGGUUCAGUUCCCAAGCAGCUGCCCUGUCCUGUCCACUGAAAUUAGAGUGUCUUAAAGACAUUCUGUGUAUAAUCAAACGUUCUGAAAUGUCAGCCUUUGUUGACAGCAGUAGAUUGUGAGUGGUGUUGAGCAGCUGUGCAGUUGUUAAAAUGGCAGGUGAAGAAAUGAAUGAGGACUAUCCUGUAGAAAUUCACGAAUCUUUAUCAGCCCUGGAGAGCUCCCUGGGUGCUGUGGAUGACAUGCUGAAGACCAUGAUGUCUGUCUCCAGAAAUGAGUUGUUACAGAAGUUGGACCCACUGGAGCAAGCAAAGGUGGAUUUAGUUUCUGCAUACACAUUAAACUCCAUGUUUUGGGUUUAUUUGGCAACCCAAGGAGUUAAUCCGAAGGAACAUCCAGUGAAGCAAGAACUGGAAAGAAUCAGAGUCUACAUGAACAGAGUCAAAGAAAUAACAGACAAGAAAAAGGCUGCCAAGCUGGACAGAGGUGCUGCCUCGAGAUUUGUCAAAAACGCGCUCUGGGAACCCAAACAGAAAAAGACACCAAACGUUGCUAAUAAAGGAAAAAGUAAACAUUAACUUUUUGGUUUUGAUGGACAUGUUUCCAAAAAGUACAUCGUUUUUAUCAGUUUACAAAAUAGGUAGUUAUGUGGCAAUGUGAGGUUUAAAUGGAUUCCUUUUUGAAUUCAUAUAUAAAUUUAAACAUUAAAUUUGUGAUACUGAAUCUUUUUUUGCUGAGAAAGAUUAAGUUGUCCUUAUUGAUUUUCAUAUAGAGCAUCAUGUUUUUAAUAUUAUAAGAUAUUCUGUAAGCAAUUGUGAAAUCCAAAUGUUCUUUGUAAACAUUUGUAGUGUUUUAAGUGAAUAAUGAUAUUAUGAAAUGUGCUGUCUGUAGACUGGAGUUAUCAGGACAUCUGUUUCCACUAAUGAUGAUAAAUGCAAUGACUUAAAUACCCACUUUGUUUUCUGUUUAGUUAGUUCAACAUGGUUCUGUGAUUUUUGGAGUAAUUGCUUUCUUGAUAUUCAAAGUACAGAAUUGAAACCUUAAGGCUGUCCUUUAAUUCUUCAUGUUCCAUUUACAAUAAAGCAUUCUCAUUACCACCGGUGGAAACUGA